AUGGCAACGGCUACAGUGCCUAAAUUGGAAAACCCUAGAAACUGUACCGUUCACAAUUCGAAGCUUCAGACUAUCGAAGAAUUGUUAUCAAAUGAGAUACCAGCAUCUUCAGGUGGAGGCUUCGAGGAAUCCGAGGGUAAAUCGACGGCUGUGGCUGCGGCGGCGACAGCUAACGAUGCCGAUGGCGGCGCUGCUGACACUGAUAUUCAGAAGAAGGCGAAGCGUGCUGAGCGGUUCGGAAUGACAGUGCAUUUAUCCGAAGAGGAGAAGCGCAAUUCUCGAGCCGAGAGGUUCGGCGCCAGUUCUGCUGCCAACAAAUUAGAUACUUCCAAGCCAUUAGAGGAGCUGAAGAGGAAAUCUCAAGCCGAGAGGUUUGGAAUCGUUCAAUCUGAUCCAUCUGAUGAGGAAGCGAAGAAGAAGGCUAGACAAGCUAGGUUUGAGUCUUUCUCCAAGGCCGAUUCAGUGGAGGAAGAUAAAAGGAAAGCGAGGGCAGUUAGGUUUUCACAGCCGGAUUCUGGUUCGAAGGCAAAUGGAAAAGGGAAUGCUGACGUGAAGACAGCUAUUGCUGAAACGGCCGAUGGAGGAACUUAAACGAGCAUUCACUGUUGAUCAAUAGGCAGUUGCUAAGGAGCUGACUUCUUGAUCUCCAUCCUGUUGCUUACAGAGAUUUUACGUGACCUUCAGUUGACAUACAAAGGAUUCUCCUUUUCCUUUUUUUUUUUUCCGGUAUUGUUUACAUACGUUUUCCUAGUGAGACCUGAGCUAAUUAACAGCAACCUCCUCUAAUUAACAUGUCUGAAGUCAUCUAUCAACCGUAUCAAACACUAACUUAAUGCCUAAAUUAGGUCUUUCAAGAGUCUUGCAUAAAAUGUUCAUCAUUUAUGGUCUGACAUCUUGUGCCGCACGAAAAGUAUUUUUGAGUUGUGUAAGAUACUGGUUAGUUUUUUAACCGUUCAUAGUUUCAAUAGAAUAUGUUGAUGUAAGAUUAUCCUCCAGUCUUCCGCAUUCUUGAAUGUUAAGGAUUUAUUUUUAUACGUAUCAAAGGGUCUCUUGUGAACCAAAGAAUAGCAACAUUUUUCAACUUUUCUUGGGAUGUAUUUUGUUCGUACUGCCUUAAGCUAAGAAGAAACGUAAGAGUCUGCAUGCGAAUGCUUUUGGUGAAAAUAUUUCAAGAAUUUCAUGGAUUCACUGACUAACAUAGUCUCUACAGCAUUCAUGUCCUGACAGAAUCAAUAACAGAGUUAGAAUAUAUAUGCAUGGUAUUUUGAAAAAAAAAACGAAGCGAGUAUAAUUGAGUCUUCUUACUUAUGAGAUAGUUAAUAUGGUCAUAUUUGCGUCAAUAAUACGGUACGGUUGGGUCGUUUGAGAUAGAUUAACAUGGAGGAGGUGCUUGUCAAUUAUACAUGGUCUCACUAGGCGGUAUGGUAUCUGCUAUUUUUGUUAAAUGCUUUGAAAUCACUGAAGAAAUCGGCUUUGUUAAGAAAACUUGUAUGGCAUUCAUCAAAUUUUGUAAAGUCCAAACGACGAGGAAUCCUUCUCUGGUUUCGAACGGCGUCUUUACACCUUGUACUGAUGUAAAACAUGUUUAUUAUUUUAUUUUUGUCUGUUGAUUUGUUUUCCUGAUUAAAUAGCUUCAGCUAUAAGAAGAAGAAAAAUAUGCUGAAGAAAAUUCGUAUUUUGUUUUUGCAAGUAUUUAUAACUGGUAGUUAUUAAAUAACUCAUUCCAGUGGGGAAAUUAACAAAAGCUCAGAGUUUUGUUUGGUAGCUGAUUUGGCUGUAAAUCAAGACAGUCAGUAUCACGAGUGUGUAAGAAAGUGAUUGACGUCGAUAUUUUCUACAUAUUCACUGAAUAAAUUGUAAUAUAUUUAUUAAAUUUAUUAUUUUUCUUU